GCGUUGCGUAAAAUCCAGCGGGUCGGUCCAAUGACGUCGGUCCGCCUGCAUAUCGUUGUCCCUCUACUGCGCAACGUUGAUUCAAGUACCUACUAUAUGUGAAGCACGACGGUCGUUCCGGGCGUACGGCUCCGACAACGGCUUUGAGGAUUCUGCAGUGUCUCGUCGCGAUGCACCAUGACCGCAGGCAAGUCGUUUAUGGAGAUGACCUCCGCAGAAAAAAGAAACCGGUCCUGAAAGAACAGAGAGUUUUCGUCCUUCAUUCUAAAAACAGGUUCGAGGCACACGCAACCGGCGGCGUCCAACCGUUCAUCUCUCGUCUCGCGGAUGACUAUCGCGAUUCCGUCAUUGGGAAAGUAAGCGACCGGCGUAACUUUCCAUGAUUUCACGCCCACUUUGAAUAUUUGUUGCGUACGACAUUCUUCUUCCUGAAGGCCCGGCGCGGUUCUGUGACUACUGCUUGUGGUAUUCUUGUCUCCAUAUCUGCGUUGUUGUGUCCAGGCCAACCGUGAAGGUUCUGCCCUGCAGUUAUGACGCACAAGUGAUACUUCCGAGUGUGGAAUGUUUGCGGUUCAUUGAAGGUGUAGUGGAGUGCUGGUGUUCGCAGUGAACUAUUGCCUGGUGUCUGCGUCUUGAACUCAUGUCGCGAUAUUAGUGAACUCCGCAGUGAACUAUCAUGAAGGUCCUCGUACUUUGUUUUCUCACUGUCCUUGUUCGUGCCUUUGAACACGAAGAAGAAUGUAACGUUACGCUACCGUGGUUGGUAGAGCGCGGCAGCCACCCUGACCUCACCGAUGAUCAAUUCUCGAGACUUCUGCAGUGCCCAGAGAAUCUCAGCGGGUGCAGUGAUACUCCACCGUUUUGUUCCUGGAAUCGUUACCUGUGGACGUGCUCUUGCGCGGAUAAUUGCGCGGUGUACGGCGACUGUUGCUGGGAAAAGCCUUUGACGCCGUUGGAUUCCAAGCCCAUUUCUUCGUGCAUUUAUGUGAAUAUCGAGAAUGAGUUUUACAAGAACAUGUACGCCGUUACCGGUUGUCGGAAAAGCUGGCCGCAAGACGAAGUGCGGAACGGAUGCGAAAAUCCCUCAAUGUACAACGACACAUUCUACGAGACACCCGUAACGAGUGCAAAAGGUGUGACGUACUACAAUGGAUUCUGUGCUCUCUGUAAUUACGACAUGGAGGAUGUUACCUUCUGGAACGUUUCAUGUAAGACCAACAGACAAGGGAAGUGCAGCGGAAGGCGACGUUCUGUUCAGGUCACUUUACCAGACGUCGUGUUGGACGAUUACAAUACUUACCUUCGCCCCUGCGACGAAGACACAGAUUUCGUCGACACGUGCAACAGUACGGUUAGUACCGAUGUGGUUCAGAGGUGCGAAACCUACUUCGCUCCGGUGCAGAGUUCGACAGAUCACUCUGACACAAUCUACAAGAACGUGUAUUGCGCCUUAUGCAAUGGAGAAGACCUGUCAACCAUGGGAUGUUCUCCAGUUCAAGAGGUCUAUAACUGGAGCGCCAUUCCGCAUUUACGAACCAGUUUUCGCGGUCCGAACUUGGUGCAAUUACUACGCCCUGUUUCAAGCCGCGAUAAUUGUCUGUUUUGGCAAGGUGACAAGUGUUUUAUUCCGAAAGUUGAGUAUCGCUACAACAACGAUUCCGCAGGUGUAUCCAACGGCUCUGACGUCAAUGUGACGCUCAGCGUAGAACAGGUAUCGGCAAAACAAGACAUACAAAUCUACUUCACUAUCAUGUGUUUGACCCUCUCACUCCUGUGCCUCGCCCUGAAGGCUAUCGUGUACGCCGUGUUCAAGAGCUCCCGCGGGUUCUCCUCAAAGUGUACCCUGUGCCUCUCCUGCACCCUCUUCUGGAGUCACUUCCUGUUUUUGCUGGCCAACUCGCUCCCGCUGCCAAGAAUACCAUGCAUGAUAUCGGCGAUGUUCUUGCACUUUGGCUUCUUAGCUGCUUUUCUGUGGACCACAGUGUUGUCUUUCGAUAUCUGGAAGGGCGUCGCAGCCGUUAAACUGUCUCGCGGUAGAAGAGAAGCCUGCCUGCAGUACUCCCUCAUAGCCUGGGGAUUACCACUGUGUCUUGUGCUGAUUUGUGCCGCAAUAGAUCACGCUGCGCCUUCUUUCUUCCUUGCUCCACAGUAUGGACAAGGUGCGUGCUGGAUAUCCAGCGUCAAAGCGCACGCUGUGUUCUUCCUGACACCUAUGGUGCUACUAUUGAUCUUGAACGUCGUCCUGUACGUGCACAUAGUCAUACACGUACGUAAAACAUCGAAGCAAACGGCCGGCUUUGACUUUCGCGGUGGAGGGCAGAAAUCUCAUAUGGGACUGUACGUUAAGCUGGCCUUUAUAAUGGGAGCGACUUGGAUACUUGGAUUCGGAUGCGUUUACGUGGAGUCCGUCAUAACAGACGUGAUAUUCAUCAUGCUGGUUGGUCUUCAGGGUGUUUAUCUGUUUUUCGGGUUCAAGGACUAUCGUUACUUCAUCGACGAUGUGCGGAGACGGAAGAAUCUUCAACGAGGAAUGAGUAACUCCACAAAUGUAACCUCAGCGGAACUGUCAUCUGUGGAAAGGAAUCCUAAGGGAGAACGGCGUACCUCAGAGUAAUGAGCGGUUGGUCUGUGAGGACACUAACGAUGCUAUGGUGAAUACCAUCACAGUAGCUGAUCUCUCUUCCGUGAUUUCUAGUCAUGCCACAAGAACUAGGUACUCUUAUCACGUGAGAAACACAAUCACGGAAAGCAAAGAACGUGAACUUUUCGCAAAGAACGUGAACUUUUCGCAAAGAACACUCAGGUUCCCGUCUAUGCUCGUGCAACAAGUACUACACCAUUUUAGACUCAGGACGAAUGAACUUCUUCCAGCUGAGGAAUAUUUCUUGAACACUCCAACUGCUUAUAAAAGGUAAUAAAAAAGAGGCCAGCGAUAGCUCUGAAUGUUUUGUGAUCAUGCUCUUUGUAUAGUUUUCACCGCCAUAAAAGAGGUUUUGAACUGGAUAUUUUCUGUCACGGCAGAUUCUGAAAUGUUUUGUUUCAACAAUACGGUAGCAUCCCAUGCAAUGGGCUUCAUAUUGGGGAUUUUUGCGGAGACAGAGUGAAAAAAAAAGCAAAUAAAAAACAGAGAUUGU